AUGAAGCCCUGGCACGAAAAGGCCCUCAAGCGUGGGCGAACGCCUCUGCCAGAAGGCCCGGGCCAAAGACCAUGGCUCCCCUUGCAACUAUCUGAGCAUCGUUCUACAACUUUGGAGGUGUCAGGCGCUUCCCAAGACCACAAUCACGUGCAAGAUGCUGUACCAACGACAGCUCUAGUCGAAGCCAACGAGAGUAGAGCCCCGUUAUACCGUUUCUGGGAGGAGUCUGAAGUGCGUCGGCUGAUAGAAAUGAGAUCUGGCGGCGCUAAAUGGAGCGCCAUUGCGCAAACCUUUCCUAACCGCACUAUUGAGGCGCUUAAGCAAACCUUCCACAAGCGAAGACAUGCAGUGGAACAAAAGAUCGGGGAGGAGAGAUCCGGCGAAGGGUCAGCAGAAAAGAAUCAGACCAAGUCCUCGGCCUAG